CAGUUACAUACACACGAAUAUAUACUCAGCUCAAGAUGGUCGGAACUCUUGUCCUCACUCGCCACGGCCAGUCCGAGUGGAACAAGCUUAACUUGUUCACCGGCUGGAAAGACCCGGCGCUGACCGACUUGGGAAAGGAGGAGGCGCUCAAGGGAGCCAAGAACCUCAAGGAGGGAGGUUACACCCACUUUGACAUGGCGUUCACCUCGGCUCUCCAACGCGCGCAGACCACGCUUGCGAUCCAGCUCAAGGAGAUCGACCAGGAGGGCAUCCCAGUCACCCAGGACCAGGCGCUCAACGAACGAGACUACGGCGAGCUCACUGGUCUCAACAAAGAUGACGCCAGGAAGAAGUUCGGCGAGGAGCAGGUGCACAUCUGGCGCCGCUCCUACGAUGUCCCCCCUCCCGGGGGCGAGUCGCUGGAGCUGACUGGCAAGCGUGUUCUCCCGUACUAUGAGGCGAAGAUCAAGCCCGAAGUCCUCAAGGGCAAGUCGGUUCUGGUCACUGCCCACGGAAACUCCUUGCGUUCCAUGAUCAAGGAGCUGGAGGGCAUGUCUGGCGAGGAAAUUGUCAACACGGAGCUUGCCACUGGCGUACCCAUCGUCUACAAGAUUGACGAGCAGGGCAAGGUGGUGGAUAAGAAGAUUCUCGAGUAAAUCCUGGAGCAUUUACAACUGCGUAAGCAAUGAGGAUGACGAUCGCUCCCAACCUACAUGCUGGACCGAUCUCUUGCUCCGUCGAUCCCCAUCUUCACUUGAGCAUGCUGCUCGGCAGCGCUGAUGUGCGCCUUGAAAGCUGAUAUACAGUCGCUUCACCUUAACCUGCCUUCGGAACAUUGCACCCGGUUGCACAAAGCGAUGCAACUGCCCACGUCUUUAGAGCUCGCUCGGAGCUUUGCAGCGCCUUGUGUCAUUUCC